UACCCAUCCCAAUUACUAAUAACCCGACCCGACCCAUCUGUUUUCCCCUGAAUCCCUAAUUUUUUUUUCUUCGAUGUAACCAAGAAACACAAAUCCAAACACAAUCGACAAUCUCAAAUCACUAUCUCCCUCAAUCUCCCCUCACUAAUCAAACUCUGUAACAAUCAUCUUGAAGUUGGUCCCUUGAAUCUCAUCUAUUUCUCUGUUUCGUGUCACUCAUUGAAAAACUAUGGCUCCUAAGACUCGCUUCGCCGGAAAAACAAACAAGGAAGGUGCGCCGGAGAAGAAGAAGAAGAACAAGUCUGCGGCGGAGAAGAAGAAAGUUGCAGCGGUGAAGAGGAGGAGAGAAGCCGUGAAAAAAAAAGAGAUGCAGCAAAGAAGAAAACUGAAACCGCAGAAAAGAAGAGGAAGCAAGACUCGUCUUCGUCGGAGUCUUCAUCCAAUCAAACCAAGCGGCGUCGGACCGCAUCUUCACCAGAACAACAUUCCGAUCCCGAUCAUUCCCCGGCACCAUCAGCGGAAUUGCUUUCUCAGGAUGAUAGAGAGGGUACGCCAAGCCCAUCAAUUUCCGAUUGAGCCACAAAAAGCACCUACUCAAACACCCAGCGAGGCGGAGAAUCCACUGCAAGCUCCAAUAACUUCUAACAACAGAGAGGAUCCCAACAGAGAGUCACACUCACCAUAGGCUGCCAUUAACAAUGAAGCGCAAAGAACGAUUGGAUCUAACAACAGUGAUUCAAACCCACCUGAGGCUGCCAUUGGAUCUGCUACCAUUGACAAUGACGCGCCAAGAACGGCUGGGGAGGAGAAUAUGGCCGUAGAACAAAUGAGACCUGUUAGUUUUUUCUUCAAGCCGAGUGAUUAUUGGAUGGCUUGCAAGCUCUCCUCAAGGUGCCACCAACACGAUUUUCUGGAGACGAUUAAAGACUUUAAGGAGCCAGAGAAGAGUUGGUUUGAGAAUCACCCUCAGUUCAAGCAUUUAUUCCACAUGGAUUAUUGCGAGAAAAGAAAGGUUCAGGGAUUGUGGAUGUUGCUACUUCGUUGUAUGCAUACAGGAAAGGAGCGACAAGCUUGGUUUGGGGUAAACAGUGUUCCAAUUAGAUACUCUAUCAGGGAACAUGCCCUCCUCUCUGGUUUAUACUGCGGAUCAUACCCUGAAAACUAUCCGAGAAAAGGGAAGAUGAAGUUUGCAACAAAGCAUUUUAAGCACUUGCAGAAGAAGACUAAGGAGACGAAUAGGAAGAAACAAGGUCUGAGAGUGACAGAAGCGGAUGUCUUAGAGAAGCUUGAGAAGAUGGAAGCUGAUGAUGGUAGUGAUGAGCGUAUGAAGAUGGCGGUUCUUUAUUUUUUGACCAGAGUAAUAAGAGGAAGGAAAAGAAAUGCAUACUUCAUUGAGCCUUUCAUUCUCCAGGCAGUAGAUGAUCUAGAUUUUUGCAACAAGUUUCCAUGGGGGCGUUACACAUUUGAUGAUUGCAUGAAGGAGAUUUUCCACUUGAGGGAUCAUUUCGCUAAAGGGCUCCCAGAGAAUAAUAUGCAGUGGACAUUUCCUGGGUUUGUCACCCCUUUGGAGAUAUUGGCUUUUGAAUGUAUCCCUGUCCUUAGGGAAAGUUUCAGAGAUCCUGAUCCAAACUGUCUCCCAGAUUGCCCAAGAAUGUGCAAAUGGAAGUACAAGAGGACUGGGACAACAGGAUUUGCAUUAGAAGAGAUUUAUAAGGCGCUUGGAAACACAAAGGUGAUUUCAAGUACGUUGAAACCACAGGGAGAUGAACUAGAACUCUUGUAUGAAAUCAUGGAUGAAGGGAGUGUGGAAGACGUGGAGCUGCAAGAUGAUUCAGAUAAGGCAGACAUAGCCGUUGACGGUUGGAACCGGAUCCUUAUAGAACCGGAAGGAAAAAUAUUUUGGGAGGAUCUAUUCGAGAUGGAUGUGAGAACCCGGCCUACCACACAGCAACAAUCUGAGCCUCAUGGUAUAUUCGAAGGACAGGAGGAAGAAAGGGUAUGUGAGGAACCCGAGGCAGGGGGCGAGGCAGACCGUGAGAGUGUAAAAGAGUUGGAAUUAAGAUUGAACAAGAGAAUGGAUGACAGAUUUGCAUUGAGGGACGAAACAAUUCGUCUCUUGGCAGCACGAGUAAAGGAGUUGGAACAAGACAAGAUUCAAAGAGAAAAUUGGUCAUUACAAUUUGGUGAAUAUGAAACAUGUGAGGCUUCAGGAGGCAAAGGAAGAGAUAAUAUGGGCAAUGACAAUGAGGAUGGUGAGGCAGUGGCUGAGAGGAUGGUGAGAAACAGGUCGAAGAAGAGGCUGAGAAGAAUGGCACGAAAGAGGCUGAGAAGGAUGGCGCAAAAGAGGCUGAGACAACACCUGAAGAUUUUUGUUGCUGAAGAAGCUGAUAAGGAUGGUAAGAAUAGCGAGUCAGAUGCCAUCACUGCAGCUGUACACACUCCUCUUCCUACUGAGACAACACCUGAAGAUGCUGAGGGUGAGGAAGAGGCUGCGAAAGAGGCUUAUGAGGUCGCUGGCAAUGAGGAUGAAGUAGGUCAGAAGGAGGGCGAGACAGAGGCUGACAAGGAGGGUGAAACUGAGGAAGGCAAGACAGAUGUGGAGGACUCGCCAUCUACUCUUCAAGUGAUGGCAGAAUCUGCGGAGAAACUCGAGAAAAAGGUUGAUGAUAAGGCUGCUGCAGAGAAGGCUGCUGAUGAGUUAGCUGCUGCUGAAAAGGCAGCUAGUGAUAAGGAAAAACUUGGUGAUGAGGAGGAGACCAGGCCAAAGAGGACCCAUAAACCUUCUCGUCCGCUCAGGUCUCCGUAUCAGAAAAACUAAUAGCUAUUUGGAAUAGCUUUUAAGAACUAAAACUUAUGUUCCAACUAAAACUUAUGACUUAUGUUUCUUUUGUGUUAAAACUUAUGACUUAUGUGGAUGUUGUGUUAAAACUUAUGAUAUAUGUUUCUGUUCC